AUUAGCUGAUUCAAAAAAAAAAAAAAAAAAACUCACCCUUCUCUCUCUAUUGUCACUUUGUUUUUUAUCGGCUCUCCUCCUUCGAUUACCCUUUCUAAUGCCUAUUUAUGCAAAAACUCACAAAACCCUAACCCAUUUUCAGAUUCUCACUCUCUUAUUUGAUCUCCUUUGAUCUCCACCUUUGAUUGCUUAAGGCCAAAUUUGACCUCUUUUCUUCUGGGAAGAAGCAAGACAAUUGGGGCUGGUCAGUAGAUCUUGAACACCAAGAAGGGGACCAUCGCAGGGCUCUCUGUUGUGCUUCCAUGUGGCAUGGUGCGCGUGUUGAGAAUGCAGAGCUUGCAUGGAAGGGGAUCAAUGAACAGGCAAAGAAGAAGAAAGAGAAUGGGGCAGAACAGAACGGCGAGGAGAAAAGAGCAAGGUAAUAGUUUCAUUUUUUUUUCCUUUUUCUCAAUGCAUAUAAUUUUACAUUUUUGCCCAAGUGAGCUUGUUGCUUGUUUAGUUACACCCUGUCAGGAGUUAACUAUGGUUUAGUUUCUUCAAUGCUUCGGUUUGGUCAUGAUUUUGAAUAAGAAAGCCUUGAUAUUCUUCAGACAUUAGUUGUAGAUUUCUUUCUCUUUCGGCGUGGUUAUGCUUGACUUGGAUUUGAUUUUCCUUCUGCCUGUGAGAGUUGCUUAUUCUCCAAAUAACAGAGGCUUGAUUCUGUUUGAAAAAUCAGCUUGUUUUCAAGAGGCUUUUGAGAAGUAGUUCUGAGAUUUUUGGUUACCCAUUUUAUGAAGAAAGGGGAGAUGAAGUAAAGAUGGUUUUAACAGGUGUUACUAUUCUAUCGGUCUAUUAAUUCUUUUACUUAUGAGUGAUUCAAGGGGCUAAAGUUAUAGGGCAAAUCUUCUGCAUGC